CUCUGCUAGUUUGGCUUGCAUUUCCCAAAAAAAAUUGUAAAUAAAUUUAAUUAAGCCUACUAUAUCUAAUAAAUCCACUUCUGUUGCGGACAAUGUGGUGAAUUGGGGGACAAGAAAAAGAUUAUACUGUACAUCAGAGGAACAGCAUUACUUAAGUUUCAACAUGAGCACUGACAGCGCUGAGGAGACGGGGAGCCACACCAACAUUCCCCAAAUGGAGAUCAACAUAUCCAACACGAACUCCAAGGGCCAGGUCGUUCUGAACGAUCUGGUGCUCAUGGAGCUGCUCUGCAAGUACCCCUUCCUCUUCAGAUGGGAAGGAGCCCAAAAGGACGAGGACUACGACUCCUGGGGAUGGGGGCAGGUGGCCAAGACCUUUAAUCAGAGCUACGAGGGCGUCGAGCUGAAAGCUCCGUUCUCCGUGAGUGAACUGCAGUGUCGGUGGAGGAAACUGAUCUCGCUCACCGAAGCCCUGGCCAAGGCCAAAGGUCAGAUCCCCGAUCCCUUGUGGCGGGUGGUGGUCGAUGUGCACUGUCGGAUGCAUGCGGAGAAACAACCGGUUGUGCCGCGGACCAAGUGCCAGGACUUCUUCCUCGGCCAGCUGCCCUUCCUAGAAUCUCUUUCGGUGUUGGAACGCCGGCGCUUGGAGGUGGAGGUGCUGGACCUCAUCCUGCAGCAGGAGCGCGUGGAGAAGGCAACCCACACCAUGGGCCCCAAGGAGCAGGCGGCGGCCCAGAGCGAGUACGACGAGUUCCUUAAGGCAAUACGGGUCAAGGAGCUCCCGGCCGACACUUUGAUGCGCCUGGCGAUGGACGGAUUCUGCAUUACGCCGCACACGACUCCCAAGAUCGUAAAUGCCAGUAAGUCGGACAUGGUGAUUAGCAAUGUGCGCGGUGGCCAGGGUGUCAGCAAUGGAUCAAAGGACGUCGCAAUCAAGACAGAGCCCACGGAUGCCGCUGCUAGUGCGGCCGCCAAAUCGCCCGGCAAACCCCGCUUCGUGCCACUUAAAAGCGCUAAAUACUACAUUAAAAAGUGUCGCGUUCGGGUGAAGCGACUGGACCUUGACGACCACCUGCCACUGGCUUCCAUCCGACGAUCCAAUCGUUCUACGCCGAAAAUCUGACUUGGUUUCGUAUCAAAUGCACAUAAGUUUAUUAAAAAAUACAUUACUAUAAAUUACAACUUAAGGCUAUUGUAUAA